AUGUCGAACCCUGCGGACAAGCAUCAACCGCCGCGCCAGCUCAAGGAGGUGGUGACAGUCAAGGAUGUGAUGACGAGCAAGUACGAUGCGGUGGCAGCAUCGUUGGAGAGCUUGACAGAGGUGACUGUGAGGGCAGCCGAGGCCUCUAAGGGCUCGAUCGGAGCAAUCGAAGCCAUGAGCGACCAAAUCAAGGCUUCUAUUGAAGAAAUGGGCAAGAGUGUGGCUGAUAACAUCUGCGGAGCCCUGGCAGCGACGAUGCAGGAGGUGCUAACCCAAGUUCUGAAGAGCCGGGAGCCGUUGGCAAUCCCGACCAUGGGGGCGGCGUCGACGACAGCGAUCACGGCGGGGGUAGCGACGGCCACAGCAGCCGCGGCGAGCUUGGCGGCUCAGGAGGGCAGCGACGUGAGGGCCGCGCGCUAG